AUGCAUCAAUACUUUGAUCACAAGCUGUCAAAAUGGAAUAUUGAAGAUGUUUUAAAAGAAAACAACAAGAGCGAAGUUAAGGAUUGGGUGUUGAAUUGCGAAUCUGAAAAAUCACCUUCAAUUAGUAUUCAAAAUACAUUUACAGGAGGUACUCUAACAAUUGGAACUGUUAAUGACAGAACAUUCAUUAGCUAG